CCUUCUUAUCCCCCCUCGCCUUUCGCUCUUCUCACACACACACUCAUACAACAAACAAACCUCUCCCUUUCUAUCUAUUCUCUUUCUCUCAUUUCUCUGAACUCUAUCCUUUGCGUUUGUGAAACCCUAACCCUAAAGGAUUCGCCAUGAAAGGAGGCAAAUCCAAGACCGAGACUAAAAGGGCGGACUCUAGGCUUUCUGUGAAGAGUAAAGCCGUUGGAAAGGACAGGAAUCCGAAGAAGUCGUCGAAGAAGGAGAAGGCAGCGAAGGAUCCCAACAAGCCUAAGAGGCCUGCCAGUGCUUUCUUCGUUUUCAUGGAAGAGUUUCGGAAGCAGUACAAGGAGAAGCAUCCGAACAACAAAUCCGUCUCCGUUGUUGGCAAAGCUGGUGGAGAUAAAUGGAAGGCGAUGUCAGAAGCUGAUAAAGCUCCAUAUGUAGCCAAGGCGGAGAAAAGGAAGGCCGAAUAUAACAAGAGUUUGCAGGCUUACAACAAGAGAAAGGCGGAGGGAGUCGAUGCGGCCGAGGAUGCUGAGGAAUCUGACAAGUCGAAGUCGGAAGUGAACGACGAUGAAGAAGAAGAUGACGAGAGUGGAGAUGAGGAAGACGACGAGUAGAGAUCUGUAGGCGAAUGAAGGCUAGUGUGUAGGAAGUGUAGUGUAGGAUCGAUCUUUAUUCGAUGUUACUCAGUCAUAAAAAAAGGAAGAAAUAGAUGCUCGUUUUUUUUUCCCCUUUUAUCCUGUUGAUCUGAAAAAGAAGACAUUAACGGAGCUUUCCAAGGAGCUCAAAAAGCCCAUGCCCAUCCUUGUACUUAUUCUCGCUCUUUUGCUUUAAUGGAUUCAGCUUAGGGUUUAGGCCCUCGUAGUCCUCCUGUUCACUUUGGCUUUCAAUGUACUGUUUGGCCCGUCUUCUUUGUUAAUUGUUUAACUAAUCUUCCGUUAGAAGGAAAAUU